AUGGUCCGUGAAUCUUGUUCAGGAAUCACAGCUCAACUGAGAUGGUUCAGUUCAGCGGUCGCCUUGGUGAAUAGGGAAGACCGCACGGAGGCCUUAAUAGACAGGUACGAGAAAUGCCCGGCUCGACUUGAACAGGUCGAGACUCUGUACCAGCGCCUCCUUCUGCACCUUGACGAUGUGCCAAUGGAGUCGCUUCCGAAGGAGCGACGGGAGCAAGUCCACGAGGACUACGUCCAAAUUUUGGGCCUCGCCGAUGAAAUCUCCCAACGCGCCCGGGAGAUCUUAGCCUCGCGCGCCGGAGUACCGCCUACAAGGACCUCUUUGAAGACUCCCGUGGGCCUUUUGACCCGACUGCCUAACCUGGAUCUCCCCCAUUUCGAUGGUCGACUCGACGCGUGGAUGGGUUUCAUCGGCCUGUUCGAAAGCCUUGUGGACUCUAGGGAGGAUUUGAGCCUGUCCCAAAAGCUGGCCUACCUGCUCUCAGUGCUGGAUGGAGAGGCAAGAGAAUUGGUGCAGCACCUCCCGAUUUGUGAAGGGAGCUAUGCGGUCGCGCGGUCAUUACUCACCAAGCGCUACCAAAACCAGCGCUGUCUGGCCGAUGCUCAUAUCGACCAGAUAAUGGACAUUCCUGUCGUGAGUAAUACCGCCCAGUUGAGGACCAAGAUGCUUAACCCCCUCGUUGCAGCUACCAAUGCUCUUAGCCGCUUGGGCCUGCCGGUUGACCAGUCGUCAUACUGGUUGGUGCGUAUUAUGCUCAAGCGGUUGCCGGUGUCCCUGAGAGCACGUUUUGAACAGGCGCACACUAGGGAUGAGGCAUCUCCUCUCCCUAGUUAUGAGCAAUUGUUGGCGUUCCUGGAGAAUGAGUGUCGCAUGGGCGACGUUAUGGAUGCGCCGGUGGGACUAUCAAGCUCCGGACCCACCAACAAACGGCGCACUGCUCAAAUGGCGCCAAAGGGAAGGGCGUCCCCCCGCUUUGCAGUCGCGCAGGCUGCGCGACCGGUCUGCCGGUUCUGUAAGUCCCGGGGGCACCGAACGAUGCAGUGCCCGGACUUUGUAGCGUUACAUGUGGCCUCUCGUAGGCGGAUUGCUAAGGCCCGAGGCUGGUGUUUCUCCUGCCUGGGGGACCACUUUCAGCGCGCUUGCCCCGACAUGCACCCGUGUCCUGUUUGUGGAGGGCAACAUUUAAAGGUGCUGUGCGCCAACGCAAAUGGCCGCCGCGACCACCCGGGGUCGCCUUCGGGCGGGUAUGAGAGCGGACACCGGGCUCAGUCCCGCAAUUUGGAGUCCGGCUCACCUCCCCCCCGCCACGCAGAUUGUGCUGCUGUGGAUCGCCGACAUGAUUCGGCGCGCAGCCCCACGGGCGGGUAUGGAAGGGGGCCUCGGGUUCAAUCCCGCACCUUUGUGCCCCGUUCGCCCUCACCGCACCCUCGUGACCUAUCACGGUCACCUCCAGUCAUUUACCACGAUUACCGUGACGCACGUCCGGUACGAUUGCCGUCCCCCCCUCUGGCGGAGCGUCCCCGUUUGGAGCCGCGCAACCCUCAGUACGGACGCUCCCGGCGCUACGAACCGCCGACUAUGGCUCGUGGCAGUCGCCAUCGAGAGGAAGGCGAGUUUAAACCACUCCCUCGUUUUGACGUGCCGUCCCGGGACAGCGGCGAUAGAUCGCCGCCACGCCAACAUUAG